AUCCGGCAAGAUGGCGCUUUCGCUUUGUCUGUUCUGAUCGUCUUAAAAACAGUACUUUGCUUUAUUAAACAUAAAACGAACCGGUUCGGAUGAAUAAAACACCUUUGCACGCGGCGUCAAGCUGGCACAAAAUUUCACGCAUCUGCGCGUGAAAUGAGCACAGAGAUCUUAAGGUCCAGAAAGCUGAACACACUGGUGACUAAACUUCAUGAGUUCUUGGGACAUUCUCCAGAAGACGAAAGCUUUGAAUCACACGUUGAUGAGACUUCCAGUGGUAAAAUGGCCACUAAUGACUUAAACAUCCCAGAUGACAAAAUGAAUGAGCCUGGUUGCUCCUCAGAAAUGACCAAGCCCUCAUCUUCAAGGUCAAAAAGAAAACCUUCUAUUGUGACCAAACAUACAGCCAUCGAUGAAUCGGAGUGUGCUAAUGAAAGAGGAGGUGAAAACUGCAUGGGAGAUGACAGCAUGCAGAGCGGUUUGGAUAUUAGCAAGCUGCCACAAGGCACAGUGGUGGUUAAGCCAGAACCGGUUUCUAAUGAAACUAAAGAUGAAUUCAAAGGUCCGGAAUUCCGUAACAGAGGAUCAAGUAAAAACAAAGAGGAAUGUACACGGAAACGUCCUGAUGAAAAACUCCAGGAGAUUUUUAAUUGCACGGCAUGUGGACAGCAAGUAAAUCAUUUUCAGAAGGAUUCCAUCUUCCAGCAUCCUGCACUGCAUGUUCUGAUCUGCAAGUCAUGUUUCAGAUAUUAUAUGAGUGACGAUAUUGGCAAGGAUGAAGAUGGCAUGGAUGAACAGUGCAGGUGGUGUGCAGAGGGAGGCAAUCUGAUUUGCUGUGACUACUGCAGCAAUGCCUUCUGCAAAACAUGCAUUCUACGCAACCUUGGACGAAAAGAACUGUCUGAAAUUAUGAAUGAGGAAAGCAAAUGGCAUUGCUACAUGUGCAGCCCAGAGCCCCUGCAAGGCUUGGUAAAAACCUGUGAAAAAGUUUUGCUUAGUCUGGAAUCAUCUUCUAGAAAGCCCAGGGGAGACAAUGACAAAUCAAAACGUGAAGAUCGCAAACACAAGCAUGGCAAACGAGAACGAACAGCUGUAAAUGGACAGGAUCAUUCCUCUGAUGGAGCAGGCAUGUUAGCCUUUUCAUAUAAGACGAUGACUGUUCCAAAGGAACUAGUCAAAAAGACCAAAAAACUUAUCGAGACCACUAACGGAUUGAAUCGUACUUUCGUACAGUUCCUCCAGCAGAUGUCACCAGGCCGUGAAGUUAGUGCGGUAAGUUAUAGACAUUUAAAGGCCUUCAAAUCAGUUUUGGCUGAUCUGAAGAAGGCCCACGCAGCUUUGGAGGAGUCACUGGAAAUGGAAUUUGAAUCGAAAGGACUCGAGUUUCAGAAUGGAGAGGAGCAAAGACAACCUGACAGUCAGACUGCAGAUAAUACAGCUGUCAACUCCCACCAGACUGACACUCACAGUGGAAGGGAAGAUGGUUUGGAUUGCACUACUAAUGACUUAAAUCCUCUGGUAGAAGAGGAUACCCAUGAAGACAGUAAUUCAGCUGAUAUUGAAAUGGAGAGCCUUCCUCUCUCACCAGAAAAAGCUCAGGACCAGUCUGAAGAAAGUGAAGCCAAAGAGCAGGAUAUAGCCGAUAUUCCUGACAAUGAGGAUAUCUCCAUUCCAGUUGGUGAAGCUUCUCUUGAUAAAGAUAUUGUGUCUGUACCACCUUCUGUCCCGGAGGAACUCUUUGAGAUGGUCGAGAGUCUUGCUUUCAAGAAAGAAGACGAAAGCAACUCUACUGAGCCCAGCGACGAAAAGUUGACAUCCGAUGCUAAGUGUGUGGAGUCUAGUAGGAGUCUUUCAAAACUGGGUAAAAAGCUUAUAGUCAAGCUGACACCGGUUCCUCUUAAAAUUACCAUAAAACGAGAUAAAAGCAAAGAACAGUCACCUUCCGAAGACGUGGAUGGGGACGUAUCGCCAAAGGAGGGUCCAGACAGUAGACGCUCACCCAGGAUGAAGACCACUCCCUUACGCAAAUCGCCCGAGGCAAAGAGAAAGCGUAAAUCGAGGUUGUCAGCAGCAAAAGAAGAACGCACCAGCACAGUAGAGGAGCAGUGCGAUUCUGACUCGGAUGAAGUCCCUGCGGUCCUUCAGACAACUGUUUUGAAGGCCAGCUCGGCUGAAAGUGAGCCAGAAAACAAUGGGAAUGCUUCAGGCAAAGGUAGCAAGAAGAAGAGGUUAGCUUCCUGCUCUACUGAUAAACCAGCAAAGCGUAAACUCAUCAAGGGGUCCUCUGAUUCAGAACAGAGUGACCAGUCCUCAAAAGCAAAGAAAAGGAACUGCAAAAAAAAGAAGGGGAGGGAGUCGGACUCCUCAAACCAUGACUCCGAUCUUGAGAAGCAGAUAAAGAACCUGAGCAAGCUUGGUAGUGGGAAAAAAAUGACCAAAGGCGUCAAAAAGGAAGCGAAUGAAUGCAGUAAAAUGGCCAAGAAAGGCCCUAAAAAGUCAUUUGAACGGGUACGCAAGUCACAAAAAGAAAAGGCAAAAACCAAGGAUGAGUCUUCCUCCAGUGAAGAAGAGGAGGUGGAACAGGCUGCCAACUCUGGAGAAGACAGUGAUCAGCAGAAGAUUAAACCUAUACUUGAGUCAGUUAUGGCUAGCAUUGAUGGUUUCCAUCAGUCAUCAGGUGAUGAGGUUGAAUUAAAGGCUGUGUCCUCACAGAUGGUGGAUGAUGAUGAUGACCCUGAGAAUAGAAUUGCCAAAAGGAUGCUGCUUGCUCAGAUUAAAGCCAACUAUUCAUCUGGAGCUGAGAGUUCAUCAGAAGAUGAAAAUGCUGACAAAGAGGAAAAGCCAAAGAAAGGAAAGGACGAUUCUAAGGAGCAAGACGAAAGUGAGGAAGACGAGGAAACGUCAGACUCCGGCUCGGAUGUAGAUGUGAAGAAGGGUAGACGUAGUCACCGUUUGUUGCGUAAGAAGCUGACACUAAGUGAGGGUGACUCUGAUGAUGAGACACCGGUCAAGAGCAAGAAAGAAACUAAGAAGAAAGGGAGACGGAAAGUGGACAGUGACGACUCGGCAGACUCUGACUUCAAGCAGUCUGACUCGGCCUCGAGUGAUGCUUCAGCGCUCAGUGAGUCUGUGAGUGCAGAUGAGGAUGAAGAAAAGAGCAAUAAACGCAAAACACGAUCGUCCAAAAAAGCCAGCAAGGACAAAGAGAGAAGUUACCGGAAAGAAAAGAAAAAACGACGGCGUAUUAAGAUUCAGGACUCAUCGUCCAGUGGCAAGAGUGGAGAAGAAGGGGAUGGAGAUGGGGAAGACGAUGAUGAAAAAGGAACGCCCAAAAAUCGCAAGAAGAUACGCAGGAUCAUUAAAGAUGACAAUCUGCGGACAGAGACCAGAGAUGCACUGAAGGAAGAGGAGGAGAGGAGGAAACGUAUCGCUGAGAGGGAGCGGUUAAGAGAGAAACUACGAGAGACCAUUGUGGUGGAGGAGUCCUCACAAGUUACCUGUCCCAUCACUACAAAGCUGGUGCUCGAUGAAGAUGAGGAGACCAAAGAGCCACUGGUGCAGGUUCACAGGAACCUGGUAACCAAACUCAAACCCCACCAGGUGGAUGGUGUGCAGUUCAUGUGGGACUGCUGCUGUGAGUCAGUGGCGAAGGUAGAGAAGUCAUCUGGCUCCGGCUGCAUUCUGGCCCAUUGCAUGGGUCUGGGCAAAACCCUCCAGGUGGUGACGUUUCUCCACACUGUGCUGCUGUGUGAGAAGCUGAACUUCUGCACAGCUUUAGUGGUUUGUCCGCUGAACACUGUACUCAACUGGCUUAAUGAGUUUGAAAAGUGGCAGGAGGGCCUGAAGGACGAGGAGAGUUUAGAGGUGACAGAGCUGGCCACAGUAAAGAGACCUCAAGAGAGAGCGUACGCUUUGCAGCGCUGGCAGGAAGAUGGUGGCGUCAUGAUCAUAGGCUAUGAGAUGUACCGAAACCUCACGCAAGGCCGAAACAUCAAGAGCAAGAAGCUGAAAGAAACCUUUCAGAAAACUUUAGUGGAUCCAGGUCCAGAUUUUGUGAUUUGUGAUGAGGGUCACGUGUUGAAGAACGAAGCGUCUGCUGUUUCCAAAGCCAUGAACUCCAUCAGGACGCGACGGCGAGUGGUGCUGACAGGAACUCCACUGCAGAACAACCUCAUAGAGUAUCACUGUAUGGUGAACUUCAUCAAGGAGAAUCUUCUGGGUUCAGUGAAGGAGUUCAGAAACCGCUUCAUCAACCCCAUUCAGAACGGCCAGUGUGCUGACUCGACGCUCACUGAUGUCCGUGUCAUGAAGAAACGUGCACACAUCCUCUACGAGAUGCUGGCAGGAUGUGUCCAAAGAAGGGACUACACUGCACUCACAAAAUUCCUGCCUCCCAAACACGAGUAUGUGUUAGCAGUACGGUUAACACCCAUCCAGUGCAAGCUUUAUCGAUACUAUCUAGAGCACUUUACAGGUGUGGGUUCUGCCUUGGAAGGUGGAAGAGGCCGUGCGGGGACCAAACUCUUCCAGGAUUUCCAGAUGCUUAGCAGAAUCUGGACCCAUCCGUGGUGCCUCCAGCUGGACUAUAUCAGUAAAGAAAACAAGGGCUACUUUGAUGAGGACAGUAUGGAGGAGUUCAUUGCCUCAGAAACAGAGGAGUCCUCUAUGAGUUUGACCUCUGAAGAUGAAAAGCCCAAAAGGAAGAAGAAAAGAGGCAAAGGAAAAGAGCAGAGUUCAGACAAGUCUGACAGUGAAGACCUGGAAGUGAUCAAAGAGUGGAACACCAGCUCUCGAGGAGGAAACCCUGAGGGAAGGAACCGAGCAGAACCUGUGGAGGAGGUUCGGGCCACGUCAAGCUCAGGUCCUGGCAGUCCGUCACCAGACUGGUAUAAAGAGUUUGUGACUGAGGCUGAUUCUGAGGUGCUGGAGCAUUCUGCAAAAAUUUCGCUUCUGUUUGAGAUUCUUCGCAUGGCUGAGGACUUGGAAGAAAAAGUGUUGGUGUUCAGUCAGUCUCUCAUUUCUCUGGACCUCAUUGAAGAUUUUCUGGAGUUGGCAGGCCGAGCCAAAGAGGAAGGAAAACCUUCGCCGUACAAAGGUGAUGGCAAGUGGUUCAGAAAUAUUGACUACUACCGUCUGGAUGGUUCCACCAAUGCCAUAACCAGGAAGAAAUGGGCUGAAGAGUUCAAUGACACCAGUAAUGUUCGGGGUCGAUUGUUCCUCAUUUCAACCAGAGCUGGUUCUCUCGGGAUCAACUUGGUGGCUGCAAACAGGGUCAUAAUUUUCGAUGCCUCUUGGAACCCAUCCUAUGACAUUCAGAGUAUUUUCAGGGUCUAUCGCUUCGGUCAAGUAAAGACUGUGUUUGUCUACAGGUUUUUGGCUCAGGGAACCAUGGAGGAGAAGAUCUAUGACCGACAGAUCGCCAAACAGUCACUGUCUUUCCGAGUUGUAGAUCAGCAGCAAAUUGAACGUCACUUUACGAUGAAUGAACUUACAGAGCUCUACACGUUUGAGCCUGACCAGCUAGACGAUCCCUCUGAGAAGAAGAGCAAGAGGGCCACUCCCAUGCUGCCCAAGGAUCCUGUCUUGGCCGAAUUGCUACAUAGUUUCAAAGAUCAAAUCGUCGGCUACCACGAGCAUGACUCCUUGCUGGACCACAAGGAGGAAGAGGCGCUGAGUGAGGAAGAUCGCAAAGCAGCCUGGGCUGAAUACGAGGCGGAGAAGAAGGGUCUGACCAUGCGUGUCAACCAGCCGUCGUAUUCUCAAAUGGGCAUGGGAAUGGCACCGAGCAACUACUUCCCCUUCAACGUGGCUGCCUUGGCCUCAAUGUCCAACCAACAGCUGGAGGAUUUGAUCAAUCAGGGCAGGCAGAAGGUGUUGGAGGCCACGAGCGCUCUGAAGUCGGUGCCCAGGGAGUCUCUGGAGGACAUCCUCGGGCAGGUGUGGAAGGAGAACCCGAGUCUACUGGAGGCGCAGAUUCAGUCCAUGGCUCUUGGGAGGCAGGCCGGCCAAGAGAUGGAAAUCAGUCGCAGGGAGGCCAUUUACCGUGAUGUCCUCAGCAAACAACAAACUCUGAUGAUGUACGUGCAGAAGGUGAUCACCAACCGUAAGGUCCAGGAGCAGCAGAUGGCCAUGGCUAGACAGGGUCUACUGUUGAACCAGCUGGCCAUGCAGAACAGCCUCGGAGGUCCCAUGAAUCAAAUGGAUCUGCUCGGGUUGUACCAGCAGCUCGGGGCACUCCAAGGCCUUCCCUCCUCUCAGAUGGGCAAGAACCCCGGCCCAUCUAAGGGCCUUUAGAUGCCUCUGUUUGACCUACUGCCCCUCGGUGUUCCCAAGGCUGGACUGAGAUGGCCAGAACACCUGCAAGAGGGGAUCCUGGGACUUUGUGAAAAGGGGUUUUUAGCAGUGCAGUUUAUGUAUAUAGCCUUAAUGUUAUUCAAGUUUAAUUCUUCUUUUUUCUGACGUAUUUUAUUUAAGAUUAAAGAAGAUGAAUCCCCAAAUGCUUUUAGGCAUUGCAGGUUUUUUUCCCCUUGAAUAAGGGCUGUGCAUAUAUAAAUAAUUAUAUUGCAAGGAAAACAGCGUGAUUGAAGAGGGACCAUAGUGUUACACCGUAGAGAUUUCUGUUCUAUAACUGUCGAGAAGAUUUCGCCCCAGUAAACACUCUCUGUGUUAAUAGUAGUGGAUUGUCAUCGGUGUUGUGAUUAGCCAGUGCUCCAGAGACACUGCGACAGACACCUUAAAAACGUAACGUCAAGUUAAAUGGCCUUAUAUCAUGCAGCUAGAUCUCCUCUGACGUUUUAAAACCCCUUUUCUAUUCUUCUUUUAGGUAUUUAAACUCGUCGUUGCUUUUCAUGCUAUGGAAUGUCUGUGUUGUUUAAACUGCUUGCUGAAUUCCUCUGGACUUUUGUAACAUCAAAUUUCUCGUUGUAUUGUUGCCUAGCAUAUUGUUGUGAGUACUGUUUUUUUUUUUUUUUCCUGUUCUUUUUGCUUUGGUUCGUUUCCCCACUCACGUUGGGUUCACGCCUGAGCCGGUGUCUGGCAACGGGAGUUUGGUACAUGUUUGUGCAGUUUAACUGGGGUUCAGCCUGUUCUAAUCUGAUAGUGCUCACCUUUCCCUAUCAGGUUGGUGCUCGGGUUGUAUCUUUUUUUUUUUUUUUUUUUUUUUUUUUUUUUGGGCACAUCUCCGCUUCGAAUGCUAAACUUGAUGUUUUUCAUUGGCAGCCAUAAGCUCUUUGAUAUACACAGGAGGUCAUUCGGAAAUGUAUAGGAACUUUUUUCCCUUCUGAAAAUGUUCUUAAGUUAGUAUAUAAACUUCUGCCAUUAAUAAAUUCUGCUACUUAGUAUUUAAUAUUACAUUUAAAUAAAGUGACCAAAAGAUCAGCUACAUGCAGUACUUGUUUGUUGGUGUUUUCUCAAGGUAUCCAAGUAUGUUUUUUUUUGUUGUUUUUUUUUUGGUUUUUGUAUUUCAUGGGGGAAAAAGCUACUUUUUGGCUUUGUAUUAGGAUAUUUGGAUCUUUUCUUGUACAUGUUAAGAUGUGCCACACCCAUCCCAUGAUGCAGCAGUGCAGUGUACACUCUGAGGUCUCCGAAUGAACCAAAAUUAUUAAUUUCUCCUAUGCUGACUUGAUUCAAAUACUGAUACUAGUAAGUUAAUUCAGUUAGAAAUCAUAUUGUAUACUUCUUGCUUUUAAUAAAUGUUUCAGGUCCCAUGUUCCGCAACUCAUUAGUGCAUGUUAUUCCUAAGAAGGAAAAUGCUUGUCUUGGUAACCUCUAAAAUGACAGUCACCUAGGCCCUGUUAAGAUGCGUGGGUGAUCCGAUCUCAAGUAGAAAGGCGAGAGACUUCACCUUUUAAACCUGGUCAUAAUAUGUCACUUUUGACCACUUGUGAUUUGAGGGGAGGGUGUGUGAUUUAUUAUUUUUGAAGCUCUUGUUCAAACGUUUAAGCAAUUUACAUUUUGAUCCCAAUGUGGUCGCAUGCUUUUUUUUGACCACCUCCGAAUGUGGUUGAAGUGGACAAAUCUCAAACCAUUUUAGGCCCAGUUUACAGCUGUUCAGCCUCAGUCUCAUUUCAAUCAGAUCGCUGAACUCUUUUUAAUAGUUUAAAAUGUAAAACAUUUAAAGCUGAAGUGUAAUUUCUGAAAAACUAAACUUUUGUUUACAAACAUCUUCCUUGGGGGCCUGGGUAGCUCAGCGAGUAUUGAUGUUGACUACCACACCUGGAGUCGUGAGUUCGAAUCCAGGGCGUGCUGAGUGACUCCAGCCAGGUCUCCUAAGCAACCAAAUCAGCCCAGUUGCUAGGGUGGGUAGAGUCACGUUGGGUUAACCUCCUUGUGGUCACUAUAAUGUGGUUCUCGCUCUCGGUGGGGCGCGUGUUGAGUUGUGUGUGAAUGCCGAAUAGAAUAGUGUGAAGCCUUCGCAUGUGCUACGUCUCCACGGUAAUGCGCUCAAUAAGCCACGUGAUAAGUUGCGGAGGCAACAGAGAUUUGCCAUCCGCCACCCGGAUUGAGGCGAGUCACUACACCACCAUGAGGACUAAGAGCGCAUUGGGAAUUGGGCAUUCCAAAUUGGGGAGAAAAGGAGAGAAAAAAAAAACCCAGCUUCCUGAAUACACACCCGUCUGCUGUUGAUUGAACAGAUAGUUCCGCCCCCAACUCACACCAUUGGUUGAGUCAAUGUUAUUGUGUCCGUAUGGACGUGUCGCUCAAACAGAAAUUUUUAUAGCACCACAGAGACAGUGGUUACAAUUUUCAAGAAAACUGACCUACAAAUGGCUUACAGUUGUUUAUAUUAAGCUGGGUAAAGAGAGAGCAUUUUAGCACAGUAAAAGUUACGCACUUCGGCUUUAACCAAUAGCCAAAUAGCUAUUUAGGCAUUAUUUUUAAGCGUUUUCAGACCUGUAGAUUUGUUUUAUUUGUUCCGAAACAGGGGUUAAAAUUGUAACAAUGUUGCACUUUCUUGGUUUGGUUCACUUUCACAGGGCAACAUUUCAAAAGGACCAAAUUUUUGUAAAUAAAAGUCACAUAUGAGCAAACUGUUCACUCAUUGGUCAGAAUGUUUGUGUAACUCAUACAUCAAUAUACCUGUUAAAAUGAUACACCUGUAAAAAUUUGUCAGCCUGUACAAAUGUUUGGGUAUCGUUUAUGUCAGUUAUGCAAAACGUUGGCACAUAGUACAGAAUGUACAUUCAAGUUAGAGGUGGCGCGGCAAAUAAACAUCUGUCACUCGGAUGGAGUUGUAAAAUUAAAAA